CGGAUGCAGAAAGUGCACAUGUAUGUCAGCUGUUGGCAUCAAUCUGUAAAAUAUUGCUGGGCCUCAGUGAUUUGACAAGUUGCUGUAUUAUAUGCUUAUAAGGAUUAAGUGCACCAGAUGAAUCAAUCAGUGAACAAGAGGUGCUGAAAAUUAAAACAUGCCCUUUAAUUUUGACUGAAUUGUAAGAUCUGAUUCAUGAAAUGCAAGUGUGAGUAAGAUCACAGGGAACAUUACAAAUGCAAAUUUAAAGCACCUAGCACCUAGCAGCUUCAUGCUUGCUCCUUCAGCCUAGUAGCCUCAGCCAUAAUGGCCCAGAUUUCAUUGUCCUCGCAGACAGAGUGAUGAGAGUGUAUAUGAAAAAGAUCACCGUGGCAACAGGAGCCCCAGUGUAAAAAGCUGUGAUGGUGGAAGCUGAGGCCUGGUCUAAUCAAUGGCUCGCCGCCUCAGUGAAUCUUACACUGGAGGGCACUUUAAACCAUGAAAUUACAACCUGAAUUAUUGCUGAUUGACAAAAUUACUUUAACUGUGAGGGGAGCUAGAGAUGGUGGAUUGAAUAUGAGGGUGAGAUCUCAUUCAGUGUGCACAUGACUAUUUAUGAGUACACACAAGGGCACUACUAGGAGGUAAUGUUCUGGGCAUUGAAGCAUUAACCAGCAAGUAGGCCAACUGCAGCAAAGUCCAAGCACCACACAGUAACUGGGAAGAUAGAGGAAGAACGGUCUCAUCCUACAUCCUCUGUGGAAGAAGAGUAUUUUACGAAAAAGUGUCAGUCUUAAUUUUAAGUAGGGGGAAAGCUAGCCAGCUUGCGGUGCACAAAUGAAUUUUCCUACUAAUUGAGGCCUCCAUUCAACUCAGCAGAUGGACACCUCUUUUGUUAGUGUUUAUUAUGUUUCCUCUCAUUGUUUCUCCUGCAGUUAACAAGUAUGAAGAAAUGUAGAAAAGCUGUCAAACAUGAUGUCACAUCCCCUAGCAUGAUAAGAGUUAACUUUAUGAUGUAAGGCACGAUCCAAGAUGAUGAUAAUGAUCCCAUGUGUAAUACAACAUAAUUUUCUAGGUUUACCUAUUUGCUAUCUCUUUAAAUCAGAGACAGGCUGACCUAUACUACAAACAGCUACCGGGGGAGGCUCUAGUACAGGUUUUGGUUUCACAGUUGCGCUAUCCAUCAUCUCACAACAGUGGUUUGUGAACAUUAUUAUACUUACAGUUGGUAUACAACAGAUGUUAAAAUUUUUGUCAGUUAUGAAUCAGUUAUUAUGAUUGACAUGUGAACAUUUCACAUGUUAAUAUUGUAAUUAUGCAGAUGGUGCACAAUAUCACGGACCAGCAUUCAGCGUGUAGACAAACUGUAAUGUUAGGAUGCAUGUUUGCUGUUAUGCUAUGCUUUUAAAAAUCACAGUAUUUGUUAGGGAAAUUAAAUGAAAUGUUGUCUCAUUAUUUACGAAGAUUGAAUUUAAGCUGCUCAACAGUGUAGGGUCUCCUUUGCUGUAUGUUUUCAGUCAUGAUGCACCAGAUUCUUUAAUGGGUUACAGGUCAGGAUUGCAGGCAGACCAAUUAAGCACCCAGAUGCUUCUCAUACAUAAUACAUGCAUAAUGUGGUUUGGCGUUGCGCGGCGGAAAUUUGCAGUCUUUCCUGAAAAAGGCAUUGUCUGCAUUGUCAACAUGUGUAGCACCAAAACCUAUACUGUAAUUUUCAGCGUUGGUGAAUGGUGCUUUCCCACAUGUGUGAGCUGCCUUUGCCAUAGAAAUUUACACCUCCCCAUGCUGGCUUUUGACCUGUUUGCUUACAACAAGCUGAGUGGGAGUGGGUUCUCCUGAUGGACCCUCCCUUCCAUAGGCUGCAAGAAUGUGACAUCCAUGAUGUCCUAAAAGAAUGUAAAACUCAGAUUUGUGAAAUCACAGAGAAGUUUUUUCACUUCCUCUAAGUCCAUCUUGAACAGACUUCAGAUCAGAGAAGUCUACAUGUUUAGAUCAUAUGAAUAGAAUUUCCUCUUAGUAUUGUUUAAAAACAAACAAACAAACAAACAAAGGACAAUACAGUAUUAGUAGCACAUAUUCUCAUAGCCACAAGACGGAUAACUGAAAAGUCAGUUUAAAGUGCUGAGAUUCUCUUAUCUAGUUUAGUUACUAUAUUCUGAAGGCAAUCUCAAGGAAAAUGUAGCAGUACAGUGGGGACACUAGGACCCUGUGGAUACAGCAGGUCUGGUCCUGUUUCUUACAGCCUCCUGCUUCAUCUCUGCAGUCACUGUGUCUGAGUGGAGAGGGAAGCAUACAGAGUGAGCUGUGUCUUUGCAAGCAUUCACAUCAGCACCGAUUUGGUGAAAUCCCCACCGCCACAGCUGAACAUAUCCAGGGAGGAGGAUGUACCAGGGAGACAUAGGAAGAGAAACAGGCUUGUAUGGAGGAAAGUACAUCAUCCAUGAGGUUCAGUGACCGAUGUGUGUACCUCAGCAGUGGGAGCUACACCAGAUUUUUAUCCUCUGAGACCAAAACAGCAGGCAGUUGCAUCAGGAAAUACUGAUCCAGGUACACAAUGCUUCUUCUCUCACGCCACAUUUUCCUCUCUUCUUCAACCCUCUUUUUCUGAUCUUCUAAUUAUACUCUGCAGAGUACAACAAUAAAUCUCAUUCAACCGUAAUGUGAUCUGUAAAAUGUGGGGCUUGAUUUUGCAGUGGGUGAAAUGCACCAGUGAUUAAUAUAUAAAUGAGUAGGCAGUAAGACAUGACUAAACCAGGCAGAAGGGUUCAUCUGAAUUGGGAGUACCCCUAUGUGUGAUUUAGAGAUGCUGCUCACUGAUGGUGAUCAUUCAUAGCUGAUGAGGGAGAUAAAGGCCCUUAUUUGCACUAUAAUCACUCCUGGCAGCAGAAGGAAUAUCCUAAGCUUUUAUUUUACACCAGUGGCAAGCAUUCUGGAUUUCCUUGAUCAGACACAUAAAUAUAGCUGAAGCCACCCAAAGCUGUUUGUUGUUUCUCAUUGGCAAGCGGUGUUAAUAUGCAGACAGCUUGGGAAGCCUAUGAAUACCCCCAGGUUUUACAAUUGAAAUAAGAAAUUCACAUUUACCAAGUGGACAAAGCCUCCUUAUUGUAACACAAUGAACACGAGCAUUAUCCCUCAGUACAAUGACUCUUCCACUAACAUGGUAAAUGCAUUAGCAAGGCCUUCCAGAAAUGUUCUGUUUCUGAACAAUGUAGCAACAUACAAUCAAGGCUUUCGCUGUAGUUGUUAAGUAGAUAAGAAAAGGCUGAUAUGAGUUCAAAGUUUGGAAUAGUUUGUGGUUAUUUUUUGGCAUCAAUACAUGACCAGGGUAUGUGUUUGUAUAUUACCUGUGGCCUAUCGGUAAGGACCAGACUAUUUGUUGAGCAUUUUUGACUGAAAUAAGAAGAGUAUUAAGAAGUUGUGAUUGUGAUUUUGUUGCAGACUGACUGACCAGAAUCUAUUCGAGUAACCCAACUCUUUGAUCCUUUUUCUUGAAUAUUCAUGAUUAUUCAAAUUAAAUUGCGCUUUUAGUUUUUUUUUGCAUGUGCCCUAUAUCAACCUUCUUGAGUAAUUCAUGCCGAAUUUAAUGAAUUGGUUUGUCGGCUGGCCUUGGAUUACCCUAUCAGUAAGAUUGCCUCAACAGAGAUUUGAGAAGCUAAGAAGGAUUUUGAACAACUUCAUCUAGGCUGAUUAAUUUCUUGGUGGCAGGGAAAAAACAAGUAACUUGCACAUGCAACUUAUUGUAAAGAUGAGCUAGAACCAAGAAAUCCAAAUAGGAGGCCAACAACUCAGGCACAGUGACCUCACAACCUAUUUCAUCUUUCUCUCUCUCCUGUUUUUAGGGUGGAAUGUGACUGAUGGCAGACAUGAAGACCUUUUAAAUGGACAGGGAAUAAAAUAUCUGGCCUCCCAACACUCACAGCCUCAUUGUCCAACCUACAGAGACACUUUUGCCUUGAUUUUAAGCCGUUGUUUUCUGACUGUACUUCCUGGCUUUGAAGGAUGGGUGAUGGGCCUGUGACUGAUCCUGCUUGGCUGCCUCAUCCCAUCUUUCAAUGGAGCCGAUGUGGAACUCCUCCCACCAACCUCUACAGCUCAUGCCCAACAUGUCUGCCUCCUCUCUGCCCGAGGGCUGGGCUCUGUCUCAGACCCUAGCCUUGCUAGCCAUGCUGCUCAUGGAUCUGCUGGCUGUGGUGGGUAACGUGGCUGUUAUGGCGGUGAUUGCCAAGGCCCCACAGCUCCACAAGUUUGCCUUCGUCUUUCACCUGUGCGUGGUUGACCUGCUGGCAGCCCUGGUGCUGAUGCCCCUUGGCAUGCUCUCGAGUCGAGCCUUCUUUGGGGAAGCCUUGUGUCGGAGCUACCUCUUUCUCAGUGUGUGCCUGGUUAGUGCCGCCAUCCUGUCUAUAUCUGUCAUCAAUGUGGAACGUUACUACUACAUCAUACACCCCAUGCGCUAUGAAGUAAAGAUGACUGUUGGCCUGGUAGCAUCAGUGCUGGUGGGGAUCUGGGUAAAAGCCUUGGCCAUGUCAGCUUUGCCACUGCUUGCUUGGUUCCUGCAAGGUGGAAGAACUCCUCUCCUGGAGAGUAGUGGAGUUGGGGGAGUAGGUGAUGGGGCAGUUGCACCUCCUCCAACUCAGAGUCACAGGCGCUGCUCACUGCAUUGGACAGGGGGAGGGUCAAACCGCAUGGCCUUUAUGGUCCUAUUUACUCUGGUCUAUUUCUUGUGUCCUCUACUGGUCAUCCUUGUUGUGUACUGCAAUAUGUUCAAAGUGGCUCGGGUAGCAGCCAUGCACCACGGGCCUCUGCCAACCUGGAUGGAUACACCUCGGCGCCAGAGGUCUGAAUCUCUCAGCAGUCGCUCCACGAUGGUCACCAGCUCUGGAACAGGGACUGGGACAGGCCAAGCAACCCCGCAACGACCCUUUGGGGGAGGAAAGGCUGCAGCAGUGCUGGCAGCAGUAGGUGGGCAAUUUCUUUGCUGCUGGCUGCCCUACUUUACUUUCCACCUGUAUUCAGCUCUGGCGGCCAGCCCUCCGGCCACACUAGCCUCUUUAGAAGAGGUAGUCACCUGGAUUGGCUACUUUUGCUUCACCUCCAAUCCCUUCUUUUAUGGCUGUCUCAACAGGCAGAUAAGGGAGGAGUUGGGCAAGCAUCUUCCUUGUCUAUUUCGGCGAGCAGGAGUUGAGAUGGAGGACAGACUGCCCAGUCAUGAAGGAUCCAUAGAGGAGAAUUUCCUCCAGUUUCUUCAGGGCACAGGCUGUAAUUUGGAUCCCCAAAACUCUCACAGCACCUCUAGUCCCAAAGGUGAGGCUGGCUGCCCCAUGUCUCAGCCACAACCCCAUGAACCUGUACAGCCCAUACCCAUUGAUUUCAGAAUCCCUGGACAAAUUGUAGAGGAGACUUCAGAGUUUAUUGAGAAUGAACAGGUGAAAAACAACCAUAUAUCUACAGACAAUUAAGCUUCAAUGCCUUUAUUUCCUGACAAUAAGCCUAGUUUUGAUUGUUCACAAAGCAGAAUUUAUUCGAAUUAAUACAAAACUAUUUCUACUGAUGACCAUCUAACAGUUUAUUUAAAUGACUUUAAAAUCUAUCUUUGACUCACUGCACUUUGCUUCAUCAGAGUACAUUCUAAAAGACUUGUGAAAACACAUUUUGUAUGCAGUUGUUGGAGAUUUACUGGGAACAGUGAAAAUUUAAAAACAUUCCCCACAACCGCUCAGCUCUGUACAGAAAAUGACUCAGUGAAAUAACUUUUAUGUAUCAUGUUUUUUUUUUUUUUAAUAAAAAUAAAAAAAACAUUAAGUUUAUAUUUGAUGCCACAGGUUACUCAAAAGUUUUCAGAGUUGCAGUAUUUUUUUUUUAAAUAAGGAAGUACAUACAUUGGCUCCCUCUCAAUUUUACACAUAACCAUUGUACCAAAAGGCUGUGUGGUAUGAGUCAAAUUGCCUUUGGUAAUAAAGACACAAUCUUUAAACAAGCCCACCUGAGUCCUGUGAGACUCUGGCUCGUUACUUAUUACAAAAAGCUAUAAAUUACUCCAAGAAAAUACAAGUCAUAGAAGGCAGCAAUAAAUUUUAGACGGUAUUUAAAAAAAAUCCAAUAAGAAAAAAAAAGCACAACUGUCACUUUCGAUUAGUGGUGGGGCUUUCAGCAAGGAUAAAGCCGCUCUUAACCCUUAUACCAAUCUGCCAAAUUUAAUUAGAGACAUGUUUGUUGUGACCUAACUCUCAUGGAAACACUACAAGUUGUUUACAGAUUUCAAUUUUGUCCUUUUUUUGGGUGCUUUUUCAAACACACUUUUUUAUUAACUAAAAAGAAAGCCAGAUAUUUUGAAAGAUCAUGUUUUGAUAAAAAGUUGACUUUUUAAGGGUCACCCAGCUUCCUGCCAUAUGCUGUAUCAGUGGAUAAAGAUCUUUAAAAAUAGUCUUGUGAUGCACUGCAUUGCAUUAAAAAAUGACUAUUUCUUUCAUUUGUCAAGUGUACCAAAUUGUGUGUUAUGUUUAGUGAGACAGUUUAAGUUGUGGGUUGUGUGCUUCACUUAACACACCCAUUUUUCUUUCAACUGUUGGUAAAGUAUUUGUAAUAAACUUUAUUUGAGGAGUAAAUUGACAUAAAUGCAGUAACUGCCUUCUUUGUUUCAUUUCCAGCGUAGAAAAUAUCUAUUCAAGAGGAAUUGACUAUCCUGUUCAUCAGGGUUUUUAUACAGUACCUCACAUGCAGGAAAAAGAAAAUCAUUUUUUUAAUUCUGCAUGAUUUUUUUUGUCAAGGUUGACUCCUGCACACUCUAACCUAACGUUGUACAAUGACUAAAGCAGGGGUUAAUUGUAUUAUUAGUUUUUAUAAAUCAGUAAUGAGGGUUGAGACUUUGCUACAUUUUUCAGCCUCAGUUUGAUGGUGAGAUGAAUAAGUAUUUUCUAGAAAUCUAUUUAGUGUGAUAAGACAUGAUAUGUGAGAAUGACUGAAAAAAUACAGAUAUUUCUAAUAUGGAAACAGGGUUUUUUUUAUGACAAUAUUUUCAAAUUUGUCCUUGAGCAACAACACCAAUCCAAAAUCUAAAGAUUGAUCAACUUGAUAUCUUCUUUUCAUCACAUCUAAUUAUUCCAAAAUGUGAAAAAUGUGUAUGUGAAGAUUUUGACAUGUUUAAGAGUUGUUGUUUUAUACAACAGAGGAUAAAAAGAGAAUGGCUUCCACUGUACUGCAGAGGUAUAAAUGAGUUCACAAAGAUACGCAGUGAAAAGCUGAGUGACAGACUCUGUUGUAAUAAAGAAUUUCUAUGUUUGUAAAACA